AUGUUAUUAAUUUUGUUUAUAACAUCUACUUUUGGGCAACCAGAUUCACAAGAUGAAGACUCUGAAAAUCCGAAUGAUUUUCCUUCUUUGAAACCAUUACAAGAAACACUACCUCGCUAUCCCAGACAACCAAGAAAUCUUCCACCAAGAUUUAGAGGAAGGGAACAAAGAGGUGGUGGAAGAUUUCAAAGACCGCAACCUUUUGAACCAAAACCGCCAUCUUUUAUUCCUCCCAGAAUCCAAAGACAAUUCGAACAACAUACAGAAACUAGACAAAAAGAAAAAGAAAAAGAAAAGGAGGAACAACAUUUUCAAACAGUUUCACAACAAAAAUUUCCACCCAUUUAUCACGAAAAAUCAAAAAUUGAAGUUAAAAGUCAACAUCAAAUUACUCCUCAAUUUCAAACAAAGGAUUUACAAAGAAAAAUCAUCCCUCCAUUACAACUGCCAUCUUUUCCAAUACCCCAAAGUGAUCCAACAACUAAGUUUCUUCAUUCUGCGUCUCAACAACAAGUUGUGAGACCAAAAACCAUACAAACCCAAACACCAAUUCACCAACCUUCACAAAUACAACAGAAAGAAACAACAGAAAUCAAGAAAAAGAUUUUCCAUAAACCGAUUUUACAUACAGAACACACUUUCCCAUUAAAUCCUGUGCCACCUGAAAUUAUCCCCAUUAAAGAACUGUUGAAAAAACUCAAUAGUUACAACAUGUGCCCAACUUAUAAAAAAUCCCAAAGACAUGAUUAUAUGGUAUAUUCAGAAUAUUGGCCAGGAGAAAAAUGUUCAGAUGAUCAAUGCACAUUCCCAAAAGAAACUGAACAACUUGAAGAAGAAUUUAUGAUUCAUGGAUUUUGGCCACAUUUGCACAUUAAUCGAAAUUUGUUUUGUUGUCUCAAUUGGCAUGGCCCAGAAAAUUUUGAAAAUUCGUUAUUAAUGGAUAAAGUGUUAUUAAAAGAUAUUCAAAAAUAUUGGAUGUCAACUUCUUUGUGUCGGUUCGCGACUUAUCAAUGGGACAAACACGGGAGCUGCACUUUUAACGUUUAUAGAGGACCACAAGGACCUAAAAGUUAUAUGAAAGUUACUUUGUUUUUACACAGCACAUCUCAAUAUUGGAAAUUAUUGAAAGAAAGUCCGUUACAUGUAGAAACCAACAAAAUGUACAAAUUGGAAGAUUUAAAAGAUGUUUUAAAAAAGAAAUUUGGAGUUGAGCCUUCAUUUGUUUGUCGUGACCAAAUUUCUGUUUACGAAAUAAAAAUAUGUUAUGAUAUUUAUAAAAAUCCAUUUAAUCCUAAACCUAUUAAUUGUGGUGAUAGAGUAUACACUUACGACAAACCAAGAUGUGACCCUUAUGUGUUGUUUAAACCAUUUCCACCAGAGUUGAAAAGAAAGGAAACCAUGCCAAGAAAUGAGUGUUUUUAUUAA